GAUAUCCUUUUUUUGGCCAUUCACUUUUUCUUCCCCCCCCGCCCCUCUCCUCGUUAAAUUCUGGUAGCUCGCCAGCUGCCCUUUCCCCAACCCACCAAAUCCAUCGGCUUACCUUAACUGAUUUGAGAGAUUUGGAGAGGGACACUUGUGUUGUAACCCAACGUUGGAGCUUGCAGCUAAGCUGAUAAGAUAAGGCGUGUUUCAGAAUUUGAAAGGUUUGUUGGUUGGUGUUGUUUUUCAAAUCUCAAUCCACCAUUUCUAUCCAUUUUCUAUCCUUAGCGGUGUCUGCGAUUGCAGUGGUGUUCCAAAUUGAUAGAGACUUGUUGCUUUUUUGGGGAAAAAGGGUCGGUUUGAAUUCGAGGGUUGAUUUUAGAAUGGUGUUGUGAUUGAAGUUUUGGGAAGCUUUCUUGUCGAGGAUGAACUAUGAAGCCGCUUGGGAGUGGAUAUGGUAAUGGUUUAGGUAUCUGGCCAAUGGUUCAGCUCGCAGAACAUAAGUUAAGGCACUAAAAAAAAUGCGAUUUGGGAAUUUGUCCAAACUGAGUUUUGGCGUUAGGCAAGCGGUUAAUUCUAGGUAUUCCGCUUGUUUCCGACCUACUUUUAGCACUUCAGCCUGCUUUCCUCCUCCUAGUUUUACUUGUCAAGUUUUCCCAUCGAGCCAGCGUCGUAGGAGUAGUGGAAUUGCAAUGGCUGCUUCUGGUUCAAAGACUGUUUUUGGCGAUGUCUAUGCCGAUGCCAAUUGUGGGAAUGGAUUGGAGCUGUGUAAGCCCAGUGGAGUGUUCUUCUCCGAUUCUAGCCGUGUUAGUUGCUCCAAAGCAAGUGUGAAGAUGGGGACUAGAGAGCUUCCCCCUAGUAGCAGGUUGGUUUGUGGGAAUUUCCUGAUGGAUGCAAUGAGAAGGAAGAAUUUGAACAACUUUGGUGUUGGGCCAUUGCUGAAGCACUUGCACUCUCCAUCUUCUUCUAUGUUUGCCUCUAUUGGGCCUGCUGCAGAUUUGUCGUUCGAUGCUAACUCAAAUGAUGAACAAGCAGUUAACUCCACUAUGGUUUCCGGCCGAAGUUAAAGCUGCAUUCAGGAUCUUGUUACUUGCCACAUCCUGACAAGGAAGCAACUGGCGGGGAAGAUGCUCAUUUUAUAUGCGGAGAUGAACAAGUGAUUGGUGUGGCUGAUGGUGUGGGUGGGUGGGCAGAUGUGGGUGUUAAUGCUGGUUUAUUCGCUCAGGAACUCAUGCUCAAUUCCGUGAGGGCUAUUCAAGACAACUCCAAAGGAUCCAUUGAUCCAGCCAAGGUCCUAGAGAAAGCUCACUCAAACACUAAAUCCAGAGGCUCCUCGACUGCUUGCAUCAUAGCCCUUACGAACGAGGAAUUACAUGCUAUCAAUCUCGGGGACAGCGGAUUCAUUGUGAUCAGAGAUGGGUCGACAGUCUUCCGAUCCCCAGUUCAACAACAUGGCUUCAAUUUUCCUUGUCAACUGGAGAGUGGUACAGGUGGUGAUCUUCCCAGCUCUGGCCAGAACAACUCCGUGUGCUCUUUGCCCCAGUCGCUUCUGACCAUCGGUAUAGCUAGAUCUGCAGCUGCCUAAGUUUGAAGCUUGUAAGUUACCCAGAUCAUUACUCAUUAAGGGUAUGCGGCUGCCUAAGUUUGAAGUUUGUAAGUUACCCAGAUCGUUAAUCAUUAAGGGGUACUCUAAUGUGCAUGUGCUCAUAUGUGUUAGGAAACAAUUUCGUUUUCUCCCUCUGUCAAUAGACGCUGCUGUCCUUAAGAAAUGGCUGUUGAGUUUUGAAGCACCAACCUCGAUUUCCUAUAUUUGAUCUCAGGUUAUUACAGUUCCAGUUGCCCCGGGAGACGUUGUCAUCACUGGAACAGAUGGGCUGUUCGACAACUUGUACACCAACGAGAUCAGUGCCAUCAUCGUGCAUUCCAUGCGAGUCGGUCUGGGGCCUCAAGAAGCUGCACAAAAGAUCACAGCUUUAGCAAGAGAACGUGCCUUGGACCGAAGCAGGCAGACACCAUUCUCUGUUGCAGCUCAGGACGCUGGGUUCCGCUAUUACGGUGGCAAGCUUGAUGAUAUCACCGUAGUCGUAUCCUACAUAACAACAACAGCGAAUUCCUCAGCCGGCAUAUGAAUGUCGUAGUUGUGGGGGCAUUUCAAAUGAUGCUUCUUGUAUAAUUCUUUUGGCCACCAAACCCGCCUCCGGUAGAUUUUUUUUGCCAUCAAGAGAAAUAUUCCCAGAUUUGAGAUACAGCCGCGGUUAGUAGAAUCCUUAAACUGUUGCAGAAAGUCGCAGUUUUGAUUAAUGCUUUGAUUGUUUACUUUCAUCUUGUGUCUGGGUUUGUCGAGAACUGGUUUAGGGUGUGAAGAUGAUGACUUAUGAUGAUAGUGAUUGGUUCUUGGGGGCUUAGAACAGAGAUGGAUCACAACAUUGAUACAGAACUGAUAGAAACAACACACAGAAACAAAACUGAAACUCUACUACAUGAAUACACAUACAGUAAAAGCCGUUAUUUUGAAACUGCCAUAAGAUUAUGCUUGCAGAAAAAGAGAGCCAAAUCCUACUGCUAGCCGGUUGCCAUGUCCUUGAGAAAGUGGAUCAACAUGCUUUUGGCGGUUGCUUGCUGGUGGCCUUCACAAUUUCACAUUCAUAGCUUCAAAGGCAACUCUCUGAAUGAUCUUCUCCCUCCACCACCACCGCCA